AUGACACAAGAGAUCGACAGCUUAUAUGAAGAGGCCAUUGCGUCGGGACUUCUUCCGGGUGUUUCCCUCCUUGCGGGAGAUAAGAAUGGAAACAUACUCUAUUCCAAAUCAUUCGGAAAGGCCAGUCUUAAAGAAGGCGAUAACCGACCUUUCACUGAGUCGACCAUUGCCUCCAUCGCUUCGAUGAGCAAACUCAUGACCGUAGUAGCCGUUCUACAAUGCGUCGAAGAUGGGAUCUUAGACCUAGACAAAGAUGUCGCCUCCUUGUGUCCCGGGAUUGGAAAAUAUGGCUUGAUCGUCGGCUUCGACGAUACCAAGAACAGUGCUAUAUUUACGCCCAACCCUACACCAAUUACACUUCGCAUGCUGCUCACUCAUACGUCUGGCCACGAGUACGAGUGGAACAACGCCUUACUGCUGAAAUGGCGCGCAUCGCGCAAUGAGCAGCCUUCGAGUGGUUUAACCCUCGAAGAACAAGCAGCUCUUCCGCUUGUGUUCGAGCCAGGCAAGGGAUUUGCAUAUGGUCAUGGACUCGAUUGGGCGGGUAAAGCAGUUGAAUCAGCCACCAACUUGAGCUUGGACGAUUUCAUGCGCAAACGCAUCUGGACGCCUCUAGGGAUUGAAAAUGAUGCUAGUUUUUACCCAAGGGCGAAGGAUAGUAUGAAAGAUAGGAUAGCCGACGUUAGUACCUUGGACAAGAAUGGAAAACCACCAGCGGUGCAUUUCCCGGGCUUCGAUAUUUCGGGUGGAUCGACGGAUUGCUUCGGUGGCGCCGGCGUCUACUCGUCGACAAAGGCAUAUUAUACCUUCUUAUCCUCGGUGAUGCGGCGCGAUCCUAAACUCCUAAAGCCUUCGUCAUACGAAGAGCUGUUUCGGCCUCAACUCGAUGAUCGGUGCGAGCAGGCUCUCAACGAUGAUAUCAUCUCGUCCCCAAUCAAAACACAGUACCUAGGCCUGCAGAUUCCGGCAUCCAUACGCAAGACGUGGAAUCUGGCAGGCCUGGUAGCAAAGGAGGCCCAGGAAGGGCGUUUCGCGCAGGGAACGACGCUCUGGGGCGGGUACCCGUGUUGCGAGUGGUUCAUCGACCAUGAGAGCGGGAUAUGCGGUGUGGCUAUCUGUCAGCUCGUCCCGCCUAUGCAGCCGGAUGUCAUGGCAUUACACGAGAAGUUUCAAAGGGCUAUGUUUGGCAGAGUCAGGGCAAAUUUGUGA